UGCGCACUGAGCGCACACACCAUAUGUGCCCUGUCCCAGUGCGCGGGUCUGUGGAGAGCCGGGUGCGAGAGACUGCAGCGCGCGGGGAACGGAGACCAAAGUCGGCCGGGGAACAGUGGGUGUGUGAGAGACCGAAUCAGAGGGACUGGGGCCAGGAGCGCCGCUGACACGCGAUGGGGAAGAAGCAGAAAAACAAGAGCGAAGACAGUGCCAAGGAUGACAUUGAUGCCUUGGCUGCAGAAAUAGAGGGAGCUGGUGCUGCCAAGGAACAGGAACCUCAAAAACCAAAGGGGAAGAAGAAAAAGGAGAGAAAAAGGCAAGACUUUGAUGAAGAUGAUAUCCUAAAAGAACUGGAAGAAUUAUCUUGGGAAGCUCAAGGCAUCAAAGCUGACAAAGAAACUGCUGCAGUAAAGCCAACAGAAAAUAAUGAAGAAGAAUCCACUUCUAAACACGAUAAAAAGAAGAAAGGUCAGAAAGGAAAAAAGCAAAGCUUUGAUGAUAAUGAUAGUGAAGAAUUAGAGGAUAAAGAUUCUAAAUCAAAAAAGACUGUGAAACCAAAAGUGGAAAUAUAUUCUGGGAGUGAUGAUGAUAAUGAUGACUUUAGUAAACUUAAUAAAAAGCCCAAAGGGAAAGCUCAGAAAUCAAAUAAAAGGUGGGAAGGGUCAGAUGAAGAUGAAGAUCACAGUAAAAGAACUAAAGAGCGUUCCAAAGUAAAUUCUUCAGGAGAAAGUGGUGAUGAAUCAGAUGAAUUCUUGCAGUCUAGGAAAGGACAGAAAAAAAAUCAAAAAAAUAAGUCAUGUCCUAAUGUAGAGAGUGGAAAUGAAGAUGAUGACUCCUCCUUCAAAAUUAAGACAGUGGCCCAAAAGAAAGCAGAAAAGAAAGAGCGCGAAAGAAAGAAGCGAGAUGAAGAAAAGGCCAAACUGAGGAAGCUGAAAGAGAAAGAAGAGUUAGAAACUGGGAAAAAAGAUCAAAGUAAACAAAAAGAAUCUCAAAAGAAAUCUGAAGAGGAAGCUAUAAAAUCAAAAGUGACUCUUGAUAUUGGAGCAACCUCUACCUCGGAAGAGAAAGGAGAGACUCCCACAGCUGCUGAAGAUGACAAUGAAGGAGACAAAAAGAAAAAAGAUAAGAAAAAAAAGAAAGGAGAAAAGGAAGAAAAAGAAAAAGAAAAAGAGAAGAAAAAAGGACCUAGCAAAGCCACAGUUAAAGCUAUGCAGGAAGCUUUGGCUAAGCUUAAAGAAGAAGAAGAGAGACAGAAAAGAGAAGAAGAAGAACGUAUAAAACGACUUGAAGAAUUAGAAGCCAGACGUAAAGAAGAGGAAAGAUUGGAACAAGAAAAAAGAGAAAGGAAAAAGCAAAAAGAAAAAGAAAGAAAAGAACGCUUGAAAAAAGAAGGUAAACUUUUAACUAAAUCCCAGAGAGAAGCCAGAGCCCGAGCUGAAGCUACCCUUAAACUUCUACAAGCUCAGGGUGUUGAGGUGCCAUCAAAAGACUCUUUACCAAAGAAAAGGCCAAUUUAUGAAGAUAAAAAGAAGAAAAAAUCACCACAGCAGCUAGAAAAUAAGGAAGUGUCUGAACCAAUAGAAUUAAGUUCUGCUAUAGAAGUUGUGGAACAAGGAAUACCAGAAAAAGAGGACCUACCACCUCCUGUUGAACCAGAAGAGGAAGAAGAAACUGAGGAUGCUGGAUUGGAUGAUUGGGAAGCUAUGGCUAGUGAUGAAGAGAGAGAAAAAGAAGGAAACACAGUACAUAUUGAAGUAAAAGAAAACCCUGAAGACGAUGAGGAGGAGGAAGAUGAUGAUGAUGAAGAAGAAGAGAGCGAAGAGGAAGAAGAAGUAGAAGAAAGUGAAGGCAGUGAAGGUGAUGAAGAUGAAGAUAAGGUAUCAGAUGAAAAAGAUUCUGGAAAAACUUUAGAUAAAAAACUAAGUAAAGAAGUGAGUUCAGAAUCUGAAUAUGACUCUGAUGACGAUCGAACUAAAGAAGAAAGGGCUUAUGACAAAGCAAAACGGAGAAUUGAGAAACGGCGACUUGAGCAUAGUAAAAAUGUAAAUACAGAAAAGCUAAGAGCCCCUGUUAUUUGUGUACUUGGACAUGUGGACACAGGGAAGACAAAAAUUCUAGAUAAACUGCGUCAUACACAUGUACAAGAUGGUGAAGCAGGUGGUAUCACACAGCAAAUCGGGGCCACCAAUGUUCCCCUUGAAGCUAUUAAUGAACAGACGAAGAUGAUUAAAAAUUUUGACAGAGAGAAUGUACGGAUACCCGGAAUGCUGAUUAUUGAUACUCCAGGGCAUGAAUCUUUCAGUAAUCUGAGAAACAGAGGAAGUUCUCUUUGUGAUAUUGCCAUUUUAGUUGUUGAUAUUAUGCAUGGUUUGGAGCCCCAGACAAUUGAAUCUAUUAACCUUCUGAAAUCUAAAAAGUGCCCCUUCAUUGUUGCACUCAAUAAGAUUGAUAGGUUGUAUGACUGGAAAAAGAGCCCUGACUCUGAUGUGGCUGCUACUUUAAAAAAGCAGAAGAAGAAUACAAAAGAUGAAUUUGAGGAGCGAGCAAAGGCUAUUAUUGUGGAAUUUGCGCAGCAGGGUUUGAAUGCAGCUUUGUUUUAUGAGAAUAAAGAUCCCCGCACUUUCGUGUCAUUGGUACCUACCUCUGCACAUACUGGUGAUGGCAUGGGAAGUCUGAUCUACCUUCUUGUUGAGUUAACUCAGACCAUGUUGAGCAAGAGACUUGCCCACUGUGAAGAGCUGAGGGCCCAGGUGAUGGAGGUUAAGGCUCUCCCAGGAAUGGGCACCACUAUAGAUGUAAUAUUGAUUAAUGGUCGUUUGAAGGAAGGAGAUACAAUCAUUGUUCCUGGAGUAGAAGGUCCCAUUGUAACUCAGAUUCGAGGCCUUCUGUUGCCUCCACCUAUGAAGGAAUUACGAGUGAAGAACCAGUAUGAAAAACAUAAAGAAGUGGAAGCAGCUCAGGGGGUAAAGAUUCUUGGAAAAGACCUGGAGAAAACCUUGGCUGGUUUACCCCUCCUGGUGGCUUAUAAAGAAGAUGAAAUUCCAGUUCUUAAAGAUGAAUUGAUUCAUGAGUUAAAGCAAACACUAAAUGCUAUCAAAUUAGAAGAAAAAGGAGUUUAUGUCCAGGCAUCUACCUUGGGGUCCCUGGAAGCACUGCUGGAAUUUUUGAAAACAUCGGAAGUGCCCUACGCAGGCAUUAACAUUGGCCCUGUCCAUAAAAAAGAUGUUAUGAAGGCCUCAGUGAUGUUGGAACAUGAUCCUCAGUAUGCAGUGAUUUUGGCUUUUGAUGUGAGAAUUGAACGAGAUGCACAAGAAAUGGCUGAUAGCUUAGGAGUCAGAAUCUUUAGUGCAGAAAUUAUUUAUCACUUAUUUGAUGCCUUUACAAAAUACAGACAAGACUACAAGAAACAGAAACAAGAAGAAUUUAAGCACAUAGCAGUAUUUCCCUGCAAGAUGAAAAUCCUUCCUCAGUUUAUUUUCAAUUCUCGAGAUCCAAUUGUGAUGGGAGUGACUGUGGAAGCUGGUCAGGUGAAACAGGGGACACCCAUGUGCGUCCCUAGCAAAAAUUUUGUUGACAUUGGAAUAGUAACAAGUAUUGAAAUAAACCAUAAACAAGUAGAUGUUGCAAAAAAGGGACAAGAAGUCUGUGUCAAGAUAGAACCUAUCCCUGGUGAAUCUCCCAAAAUGUAUGGAAGACAUUUUGAAGCUACAGACAUUCUCGUCAGUAAGAUAAGUCGGCAGUCCAUAGAUGCCCUCAAAGACUGGUUCAGAGAUGAAAUGCAGAAGAGUGACUGGCAGCUUAUUGUGGAGCUGAAGAAAGUAUUUGAAAUCAUCUAAUUUUUCCACCUGGAGCAGGAAAUGAAGUAACUGCAAUAUUGUGAUGUCACCAACAAAAACAACACAAAAUGGAAUGGAUGUAUCUGGACAUUGAUGAACUUAAGUAUGGAAGGAAAAAAAUAGGUGUAUAAAUGUUUUCCAUGAGAAACCAAGAAACUUACACUGGUUUGACAGUGGUCGAUUACAUGUCCCCACAGUUCCAACGUGCCUGUUCACUCACCCAACUCCUCCCCACCCUUCUCUACUGGCUGCUGUUUUAAAGUUUGCCCUCCCCAAAUUUGGAUUUUUAUUACAGAUCUAAAGCUCUUUCAAUUUUAUACUGAUUAAAUCAGUACUGCAGUAUUUGAUUAACAAAGCUUCUGCAGAUUUUGUGAUUCUUGGGACUUUUUGAUGUUAAGAAGUAACUUUAUUUAUGCAUCUCUUUCCCACAGUGACUUUUUUUGGUGGGGGGAGGGGGUAUUCUGCCAUAUGCCCUUAGGAAUUUUUAAAAGUAGAAAAUUAGGCAUUCUGAUCUAUAUAUCUGCUUUGUGUGAAACCAUGGUGUAAAAGCAUAGCUGGCUAUUUACUGCUUGUGUAGUCACGAGAGUCCACUGUAAUAGCAUAAUUCUUAACCGCCAAUAAAGAAAACAGACAUUCACCAGUCAGCUCUGUUAGGCCUCCAUGGUAGAUUAGCUCCUCAUGGCUCAGCUCUUCUAAGGAUAAGAAGUAUUUUAUCCAUACCUUGUGAACUAAAAUAUGUUAACACUAGGGC